AUGGACUUAACAGAGUGUUUGAAGCAAAGUAGUAGCUUUCCAAGCGAUACAUGUUGUUCAGCUCUUAACCAAGCUGUUCAAGCUGGCUAUAACUGCUUGUGCUUGCUGUUAGCUUUAUCGCUUCGACCUUCUUCGCAGUCUCUAUAUCCGCUGCCAUUUCAAAGCUGUUACAUAUCCGUGCCUUCUCUAACACUUUGUCGAGUUCUAACUCCAUUGCCAAUAGUACUUCCCCCUAAUAUCCCAAAGAAUGUUGGACAAAUACCGCCUUUCGUGCCACCUAAUGCUACAUUUAAUACUCAUGCUCCUCCUACUCCUUAUCCGCCUAAGUUGAACUCGACUCGGAACAUUACCUCUUCAACCGGGGGAAGCCAUGGUUCCAAUGAAAAUGCUAUUCCUAAAUCAAUAUUUCAGAUUAGAUUAUGA